UCCCACAUCGACCGAGACCCCCCAAAGCCACUGAUCUCGCUUCAUUGAGUAUCAUUCUAUAGAACCACAGCAGUGGCGAAAGUUGCUGCAAGCCUUACUCACAGUAGUUUCAGUCUUACCCUGCUAGCUGUUCGUUGCUGGCGAGUCUCUGCAACACAGUUCCGCUAAUCGCCGGACUUCACCGCAGCAAGCAAGCCACCUGCAUCAUGACGAGAAGAUCCUGUGCAGUUUACGCGACGGGGAUCGUCUGCGCUCACCUGCUCAUAGUUGGAAUCGCCCUGAUCGUGGCACAGGUCUUCCAAACAUUGAUCCAUAACCGUUUAAAAAAGGAGAUCACUUUGACAGAGGGCAGCCGGGUGUUUGAGACAUGGAAGAACCCCCCGCCUCCAGUUUACAUGCAGUACUUCUUCUUCAACGUCACCAAUCCCAAAGUCUUUCUCGCCGGUGGGAGAGCGUCUGUCACUCAAAUGGGGCCAUACACUUACAGGGAGUACAGGCCGAGGGAGAACGUGACCUUUGUUGACAAUGGGACAAAGGUAUCGGCCUACACCCCCAAGAGUUUUGUGUUUGAGCCAGAGAUGUCAGUGGGUGAUCCCGAGGUUGACCUUGUGACGACUGUCAACAUCCCCGCAUUGGCGGUAAUGAACAAGGUGAAGGGCAGUUUUUUCAUGGGCACCAUGGUGUCCAUGUGGAUGAACUCCAUAGGCGUGGGUGUGUUCAUGACCCGCCCUGUCCACGAAUUGCUGUGGGGUUUCAAAGACCCCCUGCUCACUCGCAUUCACCCUAUGAAACCUGAGAUUGAGGAGUACUUUGGCCUUAUGUACAAGAAAAAUGGAACCAGUGACGGCGAAUUUGUCUUCCACACUGGGGAGCAGAACUACAUGGACUAUGGCAAAAUACACACGUGGAGAGGUGAAAGCCAAACGCAGUACUGGGCGACCAACCUGACCAACAUGAUCAACGGCACGGACGGCAGCGUGUUCCACCCUCUCCUGUCCAAGGAAGAGCAGCUCUACGUGUUCUCCCCAGACCUCUGCAGGUCCAUCUACAUGAAGUUCGUGAAGGAUGUGGAGAUCAAGGGGAUCCCCGCCUACCGCUUCGCCCCGCCGAGAUCCGUGCUGGCCAGCCGGGAGGAGAACCCCGCCAACGCCGGCUUCUGUCUCCCCGGUGAUCAAUGCCUGGGCACGGGCGUGCUCAGAGUGAGCGUGUGCAGGAAGGGUGCUCCGGUCGUGGUCUCGUUCCCACAUUUCUACCAAGGAGAUGAGAAGUACAUCAAGGGCGUUGCGGGACUGUCGCCGAACCAAGAGGACCACGAAACAUUCCUGGACAUUAAUCCGACCACCGGAGUCCCGAUCCGGGCAUCUAAGAGGGCCCAAAUAAAUAUCUUGGUGAACCGAAUCUCUGGCUUCCCCCAAACCAAGUCAAUAAACGAGACGGUCUUUCCAAUUGUCUUUGUAAACGAGACGGUGGUGAUCGAUGAUGCUUCAGCAGCUAAGAUGAGGACGCUGCUGUUGAUGGUGAUGCUGGUGUCCAACUUGCCCCUCCUGAUCGUUGGCAUGGGGGUCAUCCUGCUUAUAGUCCUCAUCGUCCUCAUCUAUAAGUCCCGACAAAAGAAGACGACUGCAAAGGAAGACACGGCCUACACUCAAGUCAGUGACAAAGCAGAAGAGCUCGCAGACGACCCCUCGAACCAGUACAAAAAUGGCUCCUACAUCGUCAUGACCCCAGUGGAAGGGGGAAAAUGUUGAGUCGGAGGGUGGGGCUGGGGUGGGUUAAGAGCA